AUGGCUGCGCCCCAGCAACCCUCUUCAGCGACUUCCUCAACCGCUGGAGUAUCCGGCCCGGGGUCAGCUGGCGGCCCAGGUGCCCAGCAGCAGCCACAGCCGCCGGCACAACUUGUAGGACCUGCCCAGAGCGGGCUUCUGCAGCAACAGCAACAGGACUUCGAUCCCGUGCAGCGCUACAAGAUGCUCAUCCCGCAGCUGAAGGAGAGUCUACAGACGUUAAUGAAAGUUGCGGCUCAGAACUUGAUUCAGAACACGAACAUUGACAACGGCCAAAAGAGCAGCGAUGGACCCAUACAGCGCUUUGACAAGUGCCUGGAGGAAUUCUAUGCACUGUGUGACCAGUUAGAGCUCUGCCUGCGCCUAGCACACGAGUGCUUGUCCCAGAGCUGCGACAGUGCUAAGCAUUCGCCAACCCUGGUGCCCACAGCCACCAAGCCAGAUGCAGUACAGCCUGACAGCCUGCCCUACCCUCAGUACCUGGCAGUCAUCAAAACCCAGAUUGCCUGCGCCAAGGAUAUUCACACUGCUUUGCUGGACUGUGCCAACAAAGUCACGGGCAAGACGCCUGCACCACCUACAGGCCCUGGGGGCCCCCUCUGA